CAAUAUAUAGUGCUCCCCCGCGGGUCAGUCGCAAUGGGGAGUGUCGCGAAAGACUUCACCGUCACAAUCAUCGGCGGCGGGAUAGGCGGUUUAGUGCUAGCCGCUGGCCUCCUCCGCCGCGAUGUCAAAGUCCGCAUCUACGAAGCAGCCUCUGCAUUUGCAGAGAUCGGUCUGGGGCUGUCCAUUGGCCCCGCCGCACACCGAGCAAUGCCGUUGAUUGAUCCUCGCAUUCGGGAAAUCUACGACUCGCUCGUCACCACGCAUGCCGACAGUCCGGGCUACGAGAGAUUCAAACAGACUUGGUUUGAGAUCAUUUGGGCUAGCGGAAAACAAGAAGGGGAGCUCUUGAUGGAUCUCAAGGCACUCCCGUCAGGUCAGACGACGCUUCGGAGAGCGGAUUUCCUGGAUGCGUUGGUUAGCUUAAUCCCGCCCGGGAUUGUGCAGUUCGGCAAGCGGUUGGAUUCAUUGACCGAGUCCGAUGAAGGCGUGAUGCUGCGGUUUGAUGAUGGGAGUACAGCUCAUGCCGAUGUGGUGGUUGGCUGCGAUGGGAUCAAGUCCAAGGUGAAGGAGUCCAUGUUGCCGGAAGAAGCACAGUUUGCCCAACCACGAUAUAGCGGGAUAUAUGGGUACCGCGCUGUGCUCGAUAUGGAGGAUAUGGUGAAAGCGGUCGGUGACCAGCGCGCCAAGGUGUCCACAAUGUAUAUUGGAGAUGGGGCGUAUGGCAUUUCAUACCCCAUCAUGCGGGCGAAGAAGGUCAAUGUGGGAUUAUAUGUGUUGGAUGAGAAUUGGGACUGCGAUACUUGGGUUCGGCCUGCCAAUCGAGAGGAUAUGGUACGAGAUGCGAGUAAUAUGGGGAGAUUUGUGAGGUCUCUAGUUGAGUAUAUGCCCGAUGCCUCGCGUUGGGCAAUCUUUGAGCACCCGCACAUCUCAACAUUUUAUCGAUCGCGAGUGGCAAUUCUCGGGGACGCAGCACACGCGUCGACUCCCCAUCAAGGCGCUGGUGCUGGCCAAGCAAUUGAAGAUGCCCAUGUACUCGCCGAGCUCCUCGGCGACGCUAGAGUUCAGAUGGCGCAAGAUGUUGUAGCUGCUUUCAAGGCGUAUGAUGAGAUUCGCCGGCCGCGAAGCCAACGCGUUGUCACGAGUAGUAAGGAGAAUGCGUAUUUACUUUGUCUGUGCCUGGAUGGUGUGAGGGAUAAUGAGACUAAGUUGAAGGAAACGUUCCAAGAGCGCUUAAGGUGGCUGUGGGAUCUGGACGUGGAAGAUCAAGUUCAGCGGGCGAGGGGGAGGAUGGUUGAAUAUUUGCAUGAAAACGAUGCUACAAGGUGA